AUGCUCACUAUUCUCACUGGCGAGUUCUCUAAAUCAUCAGUGACGAUGGUUAUAGACGAAUACUCUGUUCCAUUUAUGAAUGGAGUUCAAACGUCCUUUCAGAUGGUUUCACACGUUCUGAUAUUCCUGAAACAGUUCGCACCGAGAGACAGUAAUUUCGUCAAGACUAUACACAUUCCAACUCUUCAGAGCGUGGCUGGAAUUUCCACCAUUGCCCUGGUCGGAUUAUCAAACAUUGUAUCGUCCAAACAUUACACUCCCAUCAAUCUGAUGGAUGUGCUCUGCAUUAUUUUUGGAUCCUUCACUCUUGGAACAGGGAUUUCUAUAUUGAUAAAGUUAUCUUCCGAAGUGUCAGACGGAUAUCGACGCGUUAUUCUAUCGGGCCGCAUGAAAACUCGAGCGGAAAUUAUUCAUCUUUGUGACGGACUACCAAAUAUUGAGUCUAUGAUGAGUUUGAAGAAUUCCGGUAGACAACAAACUGAAACGUUCAUAAUCUCGUUCAAAGACCCCACAAAUGCCGAAGAAUUCACAAGAAACAUCAAUGAUAAUUAUGAUGAGCUCAAUCUCAAAGCGUACCUUGCCACGAAUACAGAGCUUCUCAAUGCAUUGAAAAUUAGACGUAUUAAUGGUAGGAACAUGAAUGUGGAAUAUAGCGAUGAAUUCGAGAAAGGAAUCGAAGUCGGCGAAGGUCUAGUCUCAUCACUUGUGAUGGAGACAUUGGUAAAAUCUAAACUCGAAUCAGAGAAGACUAUCGUUAAAAUAAGGAAAUGGAAGGUAGAGUUAUGCAGUGUGUUCAACUCCGGAAUUCUCCUGACGUCAACCUUAGCUCUUCUCUACGGUUACUCAAGCAUGCCUCAAGGAGGAUUCACAUUCCUCUAUCUAUAUGGAGCGAUUUUUGGGAUCGCAGGUGUUUUCCUUGGACUAAUUGGAAAUGUCAACUUGACAAAGGAAAAGCAUCCAGAAUCGAUAUGCCUCAUUGCAAAUAAAGCGGAAUCUAAAAGAGGGAAAAGGAUGAUGAAACAAGCAGGAUUCGAAGUGAUUGAAGUUGUCGAGGGGGAAAACGACGUCAUAAUUCUAGGACACCACUCUAACACCGAGAUUGUUGCCAAUGCCCGAAUGAUAAUGACUAGAGAAUUGACACCUGAUAUUGGGGAGCUUGGAGUUGUGAAUGUUGAGAUGUUUUGA